GACUAAUUUCACUCAGCAGGAUACUCUCCAGAUCCAUCUAAUAGCAGCAACAUUGCUUGAUGUCAUCUUAAAGUCAAAAAAUUUAUAGUUGUGUAACUCGAGGAAGUGAACAAUUCAUUGAUUCAGAACAAAGUAGAUGCUCAAAAAUACAUUUGAUACUUCACCAUGAAAUUAGGAAAAUCUAAGGGAAGUAUUUCCCGGAAUUCAAGUCAAGGAAAAGCUUAUGACAACCAGUGCAAAACAAAAAAAGGCCGCAAGCAGCGGCAAAAAUGGGGAGUGACUGUUCGAUUUGACUCAAGCUUGAGUAAAUUGAGAAGAAAUAGGGAUGAGAAGCCCUAUAAAUGUCUUGAAUGUGAAAAGAGUUUCAGUCAGAGCUCCACUCUUUUUCAACACCAGAAGAUUCAUACUGGAAAGAAAGCUCAUAAAUGUGCUGAUUGUGGGAAAAGUUUUUUUCAAAGUUCUAAUCUCAUUCAGCAUCGUAGGAUCCAUACUGGGGAAAAGCCCUAUAAAUGUGAUGAAUGUGGAGAAAGUUUUAAGCAAAGUUCAAAUCUUAUUCAGCACCAAAGAAUUCAUACUGGGGAAAAACCCUAUCAGUGUGAUGAGUGUGGCAGAUGUUUCAGCCAGAGUUCUCACCUUAUUCAGCAUCAGAGAACCCACACAGGAGAGAAACCAUACCAGUGUACUGAAUGUGGCAAAUGCUUCAGUCAGAGCUCUCAUCUUCGGCAGCACAUGAAGGUACACGAAGAAGAGAAGCCUCUCAAAAGUCGGAAAAAUAUUAGGGCAAAGACUCACUUAGUAUCUUGGAAGACUGCUAAAGGAAGAAAAACGGUGUCUCGUCUGCGCUAAGAGCACUAUUUCUUCCCUCUUUAAAGAAAAAAUAAAAACAGCUCUAUUUUAAAACUGGUAAAACUUUAAAAUAGAUCACAUAAACACCUUAAUCUUUUCUAGCAUGGAAAUAUUGAGAGUUUAAUGACUGAGCUGAAAAAAGCAACAGGACUUCAGCAUUCCUUACUUCUUUUUCUGUAACAUGGAAUACAACAAAUGAAAAUACAUUUUGAAAGUAUAUGAUUCCCCUCCACCUCAGAUGAAAUUGCUCAUUGCCUCAUUCAAAAACAAUUGUGUUAAUGACAUAUGUUUGAGUGCAGAAAUUCUAACAAUUUUUUGUUGUUUUAGGAUUUUCUGUGGAAGAUAUAAUUAAAAUAAUUUCCAUUAAUAUGGAGCACUUAAACAAAGGUAUUUUUUAUCUUUGCCAAGUACUAUAGUACAUGAGCCAUUAGUUUUAUAGUGACUUGAGAUUCUCUAUAUUAAGAUGUACUCAUGUUCACAGAACCUGUUAAUAGGAUACUUUUCUCCUUAGUUUUGUUUAUAGAACGUAUUACCAGAAGAAAUAGCAUUCCCUUCUUGUUUCUUUCACCAAAUUCCCUAGUAAGCGAUACUCUAGAAGCCAAAGUAAGAAUUAUACUGCAAGUAUUUCUUUUAAACUUGCUCCUUAUGGUAGUGUGGAUUUGGGGCACUUAUUUUCCAGAAGUUUGCAUAGAUUUAUGUUUCAUCCUUUCCUUUUAAUUCUUUUAGCAUUCCAAUGUGCUUUGACCAAUGAGCUAACAUUUUUAGAUCUAUAUGAAUAAGUUACGUUUUACCUUUUACCAGAAUAACCUCAACUUGUUCAUUAUGAAUUUCUUACCUUCCUUUCCUUUUGAGACUUUCAGAUAAACCUGCUAACUUACUAUUUUGUUUGUCAGCAGUGAAAUCACUUAAAUCAAGUGUCGAUGCAUUGUUGAUUCUUUGAAAUCUUAGUUUAUUGUUCUGAAUUAUAAGAAUUCUUAACCAAGUCUAGCAAACAUGCUUCUUAAUUUCAAUCAGAAUAAUGCCGUAUGUCAGACAUUUUGGUUAGCUUUUAGCUCCCAUUUUAGUUUAUGUUGAGUACUAACAUUCUUCCGAGUUUGUACCCUCUGUAAUCAUACCAUUUUCUGCUGUAUCAGUAACAGUUUUCUGUAAAAAUUAAAAAUAAGCUUUUUCGCAUUUCCUUGCCUUUAUUGUACUCCUGAAAACCUGAUUUACGGAACAUAAAAUAACUUGGAAAAA